AUGCUGUCCGAUACAAUCGACGUAAAACAGCAACAGCGACAACAACAUUAUCAUGUCCUUUUCAUCGACUCUUACGAUUCGUUCACCUACAAUGUGGUGAGGCUAAUUGAGCAACAAACUAACAUCUCACCAGAAGUCAACGCCGUGCACGUGACAACGAUACAUAGUGAUACGUUCCAGUCUAUGGGCCAAUUACUACCGCUUUUGCCGCUCUUUGAUGCUAUUGUUGUUGGCCCAGGGCCUGGGAAUCCUAACAAUGGUGCACAAGAUAUGGGCAUAAUAUCUGAACUUUUCGAAAAUGCCGAUGGAAAUUUAGAUGAUGUUCCAAUAUUGGGUAUAUGUCUUGGAUUCCAAGCAAUGUGCUUGGCGCAAGGUGCUGUUGUUAGUGAGUUAAAUACUAUCAAGCAUGGGCAAGUGUAUGAAAUGCACUUAAACGAUGCAGCCAAAACGUGUGGCCUUUUUAGUGGCUAUCCCGAUACGUUCAAAUCUACGAGGUACCAUUCAUUGCACGUCAAUGCCGAAGGCAUUGAAAACCUUUUGCCCUUGUGCUCGACUGAAGAUGAGAACGGCGUUCUUUUGAUGAGUGCUCAAACUAAAAAUAAGCCAUGGUUUGGCGUACAGUACCACCCGGAGUCAUGUUGUUCGGAAUUGGGGGGGCUGUUGGUCAGUAACUUUCUUAAGUUGAGUUUUAUAAACAACGUGAAGACAGGAAGAUGGGAAAACAAGAAUCUUAAUGGGAAGUCUUCCGACAUCCUAUCCCGAUUGGAUAGAACUAUUGAUAGAGAUCCCAUAUACAAGGUAAAAGAGGAGUAUCCAAAGAGCGAGGACGUGACGUAUGUGAAGCAGUUCGAGAUCUCUAAAGACCCGAAAUUGACAUUCGAAAUUUGCGAUAUCAUUGGGGAACCAAAAUUUGUCAUGUCAUCUUCAGUUAUUAGCGAAAAUAGAGGCGAGUGGUCCAUCAUUGCUUUGCCAAAUUCCGCAUCCCAAGUUUUCACUCACUAUGGAGCUAUCAAAAAGACUACAGUCCAUAGUUGGCAAGAUAAAGAAGUUAGUUACACUUUGUUGAAAAAGUGUCUAGAUGGUCAAGAUUCGGACUUGCCUGGCUCCCUCACCGUAAUAAAUGAAGAUAAAUCUCAAUUUUGGAUUACUUUAGGAGAAUUUAUGGAAAAUAAAAUAAUCGAUAAUCACAAAGAAAUACCAUUUAUUGGAGGCCUCGUUGGCAUUUUGGGUUACGAAAUAGGACAGUACAUUUCUUGUAGCCGUUGUAACGAUGAUGAUAAUUCGCUUGUUCCAGAUGCCAAACUAGUUUUUAUCAACAACAGUAUAGUCAUUAAUCACAAGCAAGGAAAGCUUUAUUGUAUUUCUCUGAAUAAUACAUUUUCAUCGGCCUUAGAACAAUCAUUGAUAGACGGUUUUGUGAAUAAGGAGGAUGUUAGGCAAACUUUGUCCUGGCCAAAAUAUUUACCGGAGGAGGUAGACUUCAUUAUAACGAUGCCCGAUAAACUUGACUAUGCAAAUGCAUUUGAGAAAUGUCAGGAUUAUAUGCAUAAGGGUGACUCAUAUGAAAUGUGCCUCACAACGCAAACCAAAGUUGUACCAUCUGCGGUGAUAGAGCCCUGGAGGAUUUUCCAGACUUUGGUGCAAAGAAAUCCUGCCCCAUUUUCAAGUUUUUUUGAAUUCAACGACAUUAUUCCCCGCCAAGAUGAAACACCUCCAGUUUUAUGCUUCUUAAGUACCUCUCCCGAAAGAUUUUUGAAAUGGGAUGCAGACACAUGCGAGCUGCGUCCCAUUAAGGGAACUGUGAAGAAAGGGCCCCAAAUGAACUUGGCCAAAGCUACACAGAUUUUGAAAACACCAAAAGAAUUCGGCGAGAAUUUAAUGAUUUUGGACUUAAUCCGAAAUGACCUUUAUGAGUUGGUUCCUGAUGUUAGGGUGGAGGAGUUCAUGUCCGUGGAAGAAUAUGCCACCGUCUACCAACUUGUUAGCGUCGUAAAGGCACACGGACUAACCUCUGCCAGCAAGAAGACGAGAUACUCAGGCAUGGAUGUUCUUAAACAUUCGCUUCCUCCAGGAUCUAUGACGGGAGCACCCAAGAAGAUUACUGUGCAGUUAUUGCAGGACAAGAUAGAAAGUAAACUAAAUAAGCAUGUCAAUGACGGAGCGCGUGGUGUUUAUAGUGGGGUCACAGGAUACUGGUCUGUGAAUUCCAACGGAGAUUGGUCUGUUAACAUUAGAUGUAUGUAUUCCUACAACGGCGGAGCCAGCUGGCAGUUGGGCGCAGGGGGAGCCAUAACAGUUCUAAGCACACUGGAUGGGGAACUAGAGGAGAUGUACACCAAGUUGGAGAGCAACUUACAAAUUUUCAUGUAG